CCUGGAGAGGACUACUCUGGGGUAAUAGUAAAAGUGGGGUCAAAAGUACCAGAGGGCCUUAAAGUCGGCACUGAAGUUAUGGUCUUUGUAACCAAGGCCUUCUCCAGCAAGCGAAGCACGGACGGCGGCAUGGCAGAAUAUGCUAAGGCUCAUUUCUCUAAAAUGAUCCCCAAGCCUCAGAGUCUAAGCUACGUCGAGGCUGCGUCAGUGCCACUUUCCGCUCUUACCGCAUGGCAGGGCUUGUUCGACCACGCAAAACUCAAAGCUGGCCAGACCCUACUAGUUGCUGGAGGGACGGGUCCAACCGCCAUUUGGGCCAUCCAGAUAGGCAAAAUGGUCGGGGCUCGAGUCAUCGCCACAGCAGCGUCUGAACAAAGUUUCAAGCUCCUCAAGUCGCUUGGGAUAGACCAGGUUAUAAACUACAAAGAGGUUAAACUAGAGUCUGCUCUCGCUUCAGAAAACGUCGAUGUUGUUUUCAAUGCUGUAGGCGACGAAGUGACGAAGCAGACCUUGAAGGUUAUUAGCGAAGACGGAAUAAUUAUUAACAUUGUGGACACAACAGUCGGCGAUUUGAGCAAGGAAUCUGUGAGGGAUAGGUUUCGAGAACCUUUCUUUAGGAAGGAAGAGGGACGGACGGUGGUUUUCUUUAUUGUUGACAUGAAUAUACAGCAGUUGACGGAGAUUGGCAACUUACUUGACGAGGGUAAACUGAAAGCGGUCAUUGGCGCCGUCUAUGAGUUCAAAGAUGUGGUAAAUGCCUUCAGGCAAGGCGAGGCAGGUCACGCUCAUGGGAAGAUUGUGGUAAAGGGGCCUGGUCUCUAAGAUUUUACCGCUGGCCAGGGCCAAAGUUAGGAAUUAGGCAAAGUCCGG